UCACACAAGUUCCAACAGUUCAGCGGUGGGAGGCUGCCAGCGCUUGAAAGGAUCAUUCGCCUCCAAUGCACCAAAGCAAACAAACACUCUUGCCCUCGGAAGUUGCAUUUCCAUAAACCGCUCUAUGGAUAAAAAGCGUCCUUGAGUGCCGUCGGUGUUGUUUGCGAUUAAGCUCGAUAUGUCUGAAAAUCAGCCUCUUUACGCUCUAGUUUUCUUAACUUCACUCUUCAGCUCGGCAUGCUCACAGGGGACACGAUUCGUUUAUUCAGCUGCCCUAGAUGCGGAUGGGAGAUACAACAUUAAGUGGGGGUUUGACGAGUCCACGAUAACUUUUGAAGUAGAAGUGGAAACGAGGGGAUAUAUAGGAUUCGGUUUGUCACCGACCGGUGCGAUGUCCUCGUCUGAUAUCGUGAUAGGUGGUGUGCUCAACGGAAGUCCAUAUCUGCUGGACUACUAUACAGACUCAAAUAGAAAGGUCCAUAAAGAUGCGCUGCAGAGCUAUCAGCUGCUGUACGGCAGAGAGAAUGACACACAUACUGUCCUGGCUUUCAGCAGAAACCUCCAGACCUGUGAUGACAAUGACAAAGUCAUUACGGGCAGUACAGUGAGAGUGAUCUGGGCGUUCCAUGCGGAGGACGUGGGAGUGUCAGGACCAGUCUACCAUGGGACGAACAGAGGCAGAAAGAGUCUGCGAUUACUCAACCCUGGAACCAGCUCCAGCAUCCCAGCAGGAACAGCUUUCUUUGACCUUCAAAACGAGGAGGUUCCUGUACCUCAUAAGGAUACAACAUACUGGUGUCAGAUCUUUAAAUUUCCAGAGCUGAAGAAGAAACAUCAUAUAAUCAGAAUAGAGCCAAUGAUUCAGAAGGGUCAUGGGAAUCUGGUUCAUCACAUUCUGCUCUACCAGUGCGACAGCAAUCUGAACAAGAGUGAGAUCAACAGAGGACAUGAAUGCUACCAUCCAAAUAUGCCAGACUCCUUCUUCACCUGUGAAACCGUCCUGUUCGCUUGGGCUAUUGGGGGAGAGGGCUUCACCUACCCUCCACAUGCUGGAAUGUCUAUAGGAACCUCAAUAGACCCAGUCUAUGUACAGAUGGAGAUUCACUUCGAUAACCCAUCUUUGCAAAGAGGUAUAGUGGACAGUUCAGGCCUGCGUUUGUACUACAGCCCCAGCCUGAGGCGCUAUGAUGCUGGGGUCAUCGAGACAGGAGUGUGGGUCAGUCUCUACCACAUGCUGCCCCCAGGCAUGCAGGAUUAUAUUACAGAAGGACACUGCACACAGGAGUGUCUCCAAGAGUCAUUAGACAGCGAGAUGCCCAGUGGAAUUCAUGUGUUUGCAGUUCUGCUCCAUGCUCACCUGGCAGGACGGGCUAUCAGAGCCAGACAUUUCCGCCAGCAGGUCGAGCUCCAGCCACUAGCCUCAGAUGAUCAGUUUGAUUUCAACUUCCAGGAGUUCCAGCCACUCAGCCAGGAGAGGAUCAUCCUGCCUGUCAGUAUAGUGGACAGUUCAGGCCUGCGUUUGUACUACAGCCCCAGCCUGAGGCGCUAUGAUGCUGGGGUCAUCGAGACAGGAGUGUGGGUCAGUCUCUACCACAUGCUGCCCCCAGGCAUGCAGGAUUAUAUUACAGAAGGACACUGCACACAGGAGUGUCUCCAAGAGUCAUUAGACAGCGAGAUGCCCAGUGGAAUUCAUGUGUUUGCAGUUCUGCUCCAUGCUCACCUGGCAGGACGGGCUAUCAGAGCCAGACAUUUCCGCCAGCAGGUCGAGCUCCAGCCACUAGCCUCAGAUGAUCAGUUUGAUUUCAACUUCCAGGAGUUCCAGCCACUCAGCCAGGAGAGGAUCAUCCUGCCUGGAGAUUCUCUAAUCACUGAAUGUAGAUACAACACUAAAGGCAGAAUGAACAUGACCUGGGGAGGUCUUAGUACUCGGGAUGAGAUGUGUUUGUCAUAUCUGCUGUACUACCCCAGGGUUAACCUAGCCAGGUGUGAAAGUUUACCAGAAAUCACCGGCCAGCUUAAAUUCAUUGGGGUCAAGGAGAUCCAGGAGCCUGUUAUAACCUGGCCUUUUGUGAUUAAGAGUCCUAAGAAAUACAGCAACCUCUCCUUCACGGAGGCCAUGGACAAAUACAAGUGGACAAGGAAGAGAGGGAAAGCAUUCAACGACAUUGUACGCAAACUCCCCAUGAAUGUUCGCUGCUCCAAGAUCGGCCAGGAUGAGUGGUCGAUUCAAGGGAUGAUCAUCUCUCCUCCAGAGCUGAAGUCAGAGCAGACGUCUGCUGCUGUCGUGGCCUGUAGGAAUGUCUCAGAGAUUCAAUGUGGAUGCUCCUUUGUUCUGCUCCUCACUGCAUGUCUCUUGCUCAUACUACAGACCUGCUUACACCUCUAAUGUCUGCUGUCAUCUCAGCCCCCUACUCAUAAACAUACAUACAGCAGGUUCCCAUCAGGCCUAGUGUUUCCCAGAAACAGUGAUGCUCAAGAUUUACAUCUUGCAGAUAAUACAGUGUAAUUGCACUUUGUGACUCACUCUUACUUAGACUAGAUGAAGUUUAUCACUAACACUGAUCACAACUGUGCUGUAUUCAUGUAGGAUGUUGGCAUCAUACAUGCUUCACAUGGAAUAUCCUUGGUUAGCGGAUACUGUGGUCUUGACAGCCUCUCUAACAAAUGCCUUACCAUAGUUGUAAAUCUUAAUAAUCAUACCACAUGUCUGAAAUAGGCUGUCACACUCCAGCACACCACAACUUAUGUCUUAGUCCCCCCAAAAAUGAAUUUUUUGUCAUCAUUUACUCACCCUCAUGUCAUUCC